AUGUCCACAAAAACAACUGAUGAAAAGCCUUCAAAGGGCUCUAAACAUUCUUCAACGAGUAUACCAGGAAACAAAAAGCCCACCACAGGCAUUAAAUAUACCCCUUUAGAACAGCAGGUGGUUGCUCUCAAAGCCAAACAUCCUAACACUGUACUUUUUAUAGAAUGUGGCUACAAGUAUCGAUUCUUUGGAGAAGAUGCAGAGAUUGCAGCAAAAGUUUUAAAAAUCACCUGCAAUCCUGAUCACAAUUUCAUGACAGCCAGCAUACCCACACAUCGCUUAUUUGUUCAUGUUAAACGUCUUGUGUCAGCAGGAUAUAAGGUUGGGGUUGUGAAGCAAACAGAAACAGCUGCCUUGAAAGCUGCCAGUGAUAACAAAAGUUCUGUAUUUACCCGCCACUUAACUGACCUCUACACAAAAUCAACUUUGAUAGAAAAAGAUGUUCUGGAUCAUGAAGAGACCAUAAGUGACAAUUCUACAAUUUCUUCUCAAUAUUUGAUGUGUGUUUGUGAAUUACCAGGCCAGGAAAAAGUGAAGGGAAAGAAUCUAAUGCAUAUUGGACUUGUGGCUGUCCAACCAGCAACUGGGGAAGUGAUUUAUGAUUGUUUUGAUGAUAACAUUACUCGCAGUAGACUUGAAACUGGAAUCACUCACCUCCAACCAGUGGAAGUGAUUUUACCUGUUACUCUCUCCAAACCAACUAAAGAUCUUUUUCAACACUUAACCUCAAUCAGCUUUUCAGAUGAUGAUCGUAUGCGGAUAGAAAAUUUGAACGAUGACAAAUUUGUCUAUCAAACAGCUUUUGAAAAUAUAACUACCUUUUAUGGUGACCAAGAAACAACAGAUGGAGUUUGUCAUCUCCAAGAAGUAAUUAGACUACCCCCUGCAGUCACAUGUUGUCUGUCUGCUCUUAUUGAUUAUCUGUCUGAAUUCAAGCUCCAGAGAAUUCUUAAAGUAACCAGUUGUUUCAAGCCUUUCUCUCUAGAGUCAUCUUAUUUAAAGCUUCCAGCUAAAACAGUGCAGAAUCUAGAACUGUUUCAAAAUUUAACUACUCGACAGACUAAAGGAAGUUUAUUCUGGGUUCUUGACCACACAACAACCAGUUUUGGUAAAAGGCUGUUGCAUUCAUGGGUCAGUCAUCCUUUAUUGAAGAUCAGAGACAUCGAAGAAAGACAAGAAGCCAUUGGAGAACUGUUGUCAAAUCAUUGUGAGUGUUUUUCUGCAAUGAAGGCCAGUUUGGUAAAACUUCCAGACCUUGAAAAAGGACUUGUAACAAUUGUAUAUAAAAAGUGUACUCCUUUAGAAUUUAUAUCGAUCAGCAAUUCAUUGCAAAAGAUCUCAGAAGAAUAUCAUAUUCAGAAAAACAUGUUUCUCAAAGAUGUCAAAAGCCAAAUGCUAAAGGAAAUCGUGAAUGAAAUCCCAGAAUUACUUGGUGACAUCGGCGUCUUCAGCAAUGCCCUUAAUCUUGAGGCUCUUAAAUCAAACAAUAAAACCAACCUUUUUGUAAAUGAAACUCAGUUUCCCGAUAUUGUGGAGCAAAAGUCUGCAAUCAAAGGUAUCAGGAAGGAAAUUGAUGAAUAUCGGAAGACAAUUCAGCAGAUUCUCAAAGUGCCUUCUUUUACUUAUUCCUCUGUCUCAGGUGUGGAGUUUCUCAUUGAAGUAAAAAAUGAUUUGAUGAGCAGAGUUCCACAGGACUGGAUUAAGAUUAGCAGCACAAAAGCUGUAUCUCGUUUCCACUCCCCAUUUAUUGAAGAAAAAUAUAAACUUUUGAACCAGCGAAAUGAACAAUUAGAAAUGGCCUGUAAUUCUGCAUGGACCGAAUUUUUAAAUUCAUUCCAGGUCAAGUACCAACCUUACAAAAAAGCUGUCCACCUUCUUGCUACACUCGAUUGCCUUUUUUCCUUGGCAAAAGCAACCCAAAAUGGAGAUUAUGUCAGGUACAGAUAUUUUGCUAACCUAUCUAUUCUGCUUCUAUGA